AUGAAUGGUAAAAUCUUAUUUAUAAUUAUCGGAUUACUUGCAUACGGUAUCCAUUAUUGUUCGUUAUUCUUACCAAUUAUCAGUGGCUAUGGCACAAAGUACAUUUGUUCGUCGAUAUUUAUCGCUGGUCAUGACGAAGGUCGACAGCGUGCGGAAGAUCUUGCCUUUUUUCCUCUGAACUAUGCCACCUUUAUCGUUAAUCAUACCGAUUUAUCUGUGACUGGUUCAGUGUUUGGGUUUAUUCGACGAAAAGCUAUCUAUAGAAACGGACUUGGCGCAACCUUAGUUAACGAUUUCACAGAAGAACAAAUCCGUACUCAACCAUUUAAAGUUCCCACGCCACCAAACGUCAAUCAAGAUGACCUUCCAUGGCCAAUGGGUAAUAAAAUCAGUGACGGAGUCUACCCAGUUAACGUCAAUCGAGCAUUAGUACAAGAAGCUGUAGACUCGCUAUUUAUUGAGAAAGAUCCCACUAAAUUGAUACGUACACGAGCAGCCAUUGUUGUAUAUGAUGGUGCAUUAAUUGCCGAACGAUAUGGCACUGGUUAUUCCCGAUCAACGAAAUUUCUGGGUUGGAGUAUGACAAAGAGUAUUAUCAGUGCGUUAGUCGGCAUCCUCGUCAAAGGCAACAAACUGAAUAUUGAUGCACCUGCACCAGUGCCGGAAUGGAAUAAUACUAAUGAUCCUCGACAUUCAAUCACAAUCAAACAUUUGUUACAACAAAACAGUGGCUUAGAUUUUGUCGAAGAUUAUUAUUCAUAUAGUGAUGUUACUCGAAUGUUAUUCAGCACCGGCGAUAUGGCUGCAUUUGCUGCUUCACAUGCGCUAAAACAUAAACCAGGAACUUAUUGUUACUAUACUAGUGCAAAUACGAAUAUACUGUCACGCAUUAUUCGACAUACUGUUGGCGAACAAGACUAUCAUUCAUUUCCCUAUCGGGCUCUGUUUCAUAAACUCGGCAUGAACAAUAUGACGAUGGAAGUUGAUGCAUCGGGUACAUUUGUUGGCUCAUCGUAUUCAUGGGGAACUGCACGUGAUUGGGCACGAUUUGGUUUGUUAUAUAUGAAUAAAGGCUUUUAUAACAAUGAACAGAUUUUAUCAGAAGAAUGGGUUAAACAAUCAGCAACAUUAGGAGGUUCUAAUAUUUACGGUGAAUACGGUUAUCAAUUUUGGUUAAAUACAGGAAAGGAGAAUGAUUCAUCCACACGGCGCUUUCCCGAUGUACCGACAGAUAUGUUUUUUGCCAGUGGUUUUGAUGGUCAGGCAGUAUUUGUUAUUCCAUCGAAGAAAUUAGUCGUCGUUCGAUUAGGCUUGACAAAAACACCCGAUGGAGAGUAUGGUGCUAAUAAUUUUUUGAAAACGAUCAUUGAUGCAAUUAGUUAA